GCGAGGCUGGAACCCAACGUCGUCAGCUACAACGCUGUGAUCAGCGCGUGCGAGAAGAGCUGGCGUUGGCAGCGGGUUCUGGCGCUGCUGAUCGAGAUGCGGGAGGCGAAGCUGGAGCCCGACCCCUAGUCAGCUACAACGCUGGGAUCAGCGCCUGCGAGAAGGGCGAGCAGUGGCAGCGGGCUCUGGUGCUGCUGAGCGACAUGCGGGAGGCGAAGCUGGAGCCCGACGCCAUUCAUACGACAAUGCCGGAUGCGGGAGGCGACGCUGGAGCCCGACGUCAUUUUUACAAUGCUGGGAUUAGCGCGUGCGCGAAGCGCAAGAAGUGGCAGUGGGCUCUGGCGCUGCUGAGCGAGAUGACGGCGGCGAAGCUGAGUCCCAAUGCCAUCAGCUACACCGCUGGGAUCAGCUCGUGCGAUAUUCGCGAGCAGUGGCAGUGGGCUCUGGCGCUGCUGAGCGAGAUGUGGGAACGGAAGCGGGAGCCCAACGUCAUCAGCUACAGCGCUGUGACCAGUGCUUGUCAGAAGAGCGAGCAGUGGCAGUGGGCUCUGGUGUUGCUGCGCGGGAUGUGGAUGGCGACGCUGGAGCCAGAUUAG